GAGUGUAUAUACUAUAGUGACACAUUCAAUAGAAACUUGGAUGAUUUUUCUUCUUUAUACAUUUUAGUCACAUGUUAUUCAAGGUUAAAUUGUGUUUGAAUUCGUUGGUUUUUCUAAUAUAAAAGAAUAUACAUGAUGCAUAAUAAAAAGUACGCUGUGCUGGUUGUUGUACUUCUGUUGACCCUUCCGUCUAGUGUUGGAGGUGGACCAAUAUGCUACGUUUCAUGUCUUGCCUCCGUUGGAGCAACUGCAUUAUUUGGGACAGUAGCCAUACUACCAGUUCUAGGUUUUACAUCUUCUGGAAUAACAGCCGGAUCAUGGGCUGCAACAUGGAUGGCUUCGUUUGCAGGUGCUGUUCCUGCCGGAAGUGUGUUUGCUACUUUUCAAUCAGCAGGAAUGACGGGAGCAACUGCGAAAUUGGCCGCUGGAGCUACUGGUUCGGCAGCUGCCAUUUGUGCUGCAAUUUGCGCACCUUUGCCAUAAACAUUUUUUUUAACACAUUGUAUAAUGCAUCUUAUCUUAAAUUCGUACUUAAGUUUGUUUGAAAAUAAUUUGAUGUGAUUGUCACUGAAGAGUCCUUUGUAGUGUAGACUAUGUGAGUUUAUGGCGAUCAAGAUGAAAAGCAAAGUACAUUUAAUGAUUUUGUAAAUCUUGUUCAACAUAUAAAAAUGAUUCAGUAUGUUUAUUAAGACUAAUGAAUUAAUAAAGUGCAAGCAUAUGCAACUCUUUAUAUAAACAAGACAUGUUCAUGUAAAACGUAUUAAUGUUUAAUGUUGCAUCAUACUUAAUCAUCCAAACGUGAAGGGUGAUAAUUGUAAAAUUGCUUAUACAGAAGAUGUAAUCUUCUUUAUGAACAUUUUGUGUGUUAAUCAUAUUCGACUAAUAGUUGAACAAAUACAGGUUAAUUAAAAAACGACCCUUUACGACAAGUUUUAAACUAUAUCAUAUAUGUUUCUCGCAUACGUCAGUAUGCAUGUAAUUGGUACAAGUAUUACACA